CCGACGUCACUGUGACGUAGCACGUUGCGUGGGCUAGCUGUAGCAAUGUUAGCGGUGUAAUGGUGAUGUUGUAGAGGUUUUCUGAGGGUUUCCAAAAUAUCGACGCAGAUCGCUAUUCAUGAGAGGAUUUUAUUAAUGCUCUGUGUUGUGUAGAAGAGCCCUUCAGAGCUACAUCCCACCUUCACUGACCCUUGACCUCUGCUUAUCACAUGAAAGAAAGUUGGGCCUGACAGAUACUCGUGGGUCAAAUCCUUCCUCUCUAAAGAACCUCCUCCAUUCAGCUCCUCGAAGGCAUCAUGGGAGGAAUAGAAGAAGACGAUGACGUGUCCCUCCGCCACCAGGAAGAUGAGUGGAGCAGAAAUCAGGAGAAUGAGCACAGUCUUCCAGGCUCCGAGACCAACGCCAAGUGGAUGAAGGAAGGUCAGAAUCAAAUAUGCAAGUUAGCAGAGCAACAGCAAGACCAGAAUCUCAACCUGGUUGAAAACGAGAAUGAAUCUACUGACAGAAACCCAAACCAGAACUCGGAGCGGAGCCAUGAAGAGAAGAACAAGACCCUGAAAGCGCUCCGCUCUGAGCACAGCUGGGCAGACGAUGAACCUCUUCUGAUUUACUCUUCUAACACUCUGAUGGAGAAGAAUCAAGAAAACCAAGAGCAGACCAGAGACCAGGAAGAAGAGAGAGAGGAAGAGGAACAUUUAAAUCCCAGCGGAGACCAGAAGAUUCAGAAGAUGGGAGGUGAAGCUGGCAGCAGAAAUGCUUGUCUGUUGUUCAGUAAGCAGGGCGUUCCCAGCGACGAGGAGUCCAGCUGCAUGUCUCUGUCUCAGGGAAGCACUGCAAGCAGCACCCCGGACGGAGAGCCAGAGUCCUACUGGGAUAGCAGCGCUUUUGAAACAGACACGGAUCUGCCCGCUGGUUGGAUGAGAGUGCAGGACACAUCAGGCACCUACUACUGGCACAUCCCCACAGGGACCACGCAGUGGGAGCCACCUGGACCCCUAGAGGAGAGAGCAGCCAGCACCUCACCUGCGCUCACACCUGCUGACCAGCCUCAGAUGACAUGGAGUGGUGUUUCUCACCCAAACACAUUCACUGAGGAAGAGCACUGGCAGAAGGAGGAUGUGGCUUCUGAUGAAAGUCUGAAGGAGUUUGAGGGAGCGACUCUACGCUACGCUUCCAUCAAUCUCAGUUUUUCUCAGCCUGAGGAGGAAGAGGAACAGACUUAUUUCAGCAGUAAUGAGGGGGCGAAGCAGUGCUUCGCGGUGCGUUCUCUGGGCUGGGUGGAGAUCUCAGAAGAGGAGAUGGCUCCUGGAAGGAGUAGUGUUGCUGUUAAUAACUGUAUCCGACAGCUGUCCUACCAGAAGCACAAUCUAGAUGACACCGCUGGCAUCUGGGGCGAGGGGAAGGACAUGCUUCUGGUGCUGGAGAACGAGACUCUGAGCCUGAUGGAGCCUCAGGGUGGAUCACUGCUGCACGCUCAGCCCAUCAUCAGCAUCCGUGUGUGGGGAGUCGGACGCGAUGAUGGCAGGUUCGUCAACUUUGCAUAUGUGGCACGAGACAAGUUGACUCACAUGCUCAAGUGUCAUGUAUUUCGCUGUGACACGCCUGCAAAGAACAUUGCCACAAGCCUCCAUGACAUCUGCUCUAAGAUUAUGUCCCAGAGGAAGUCAUCCAGCAGACAGAACACGGAUCCCUCAAGACUUGGGGACCUCCCUUUCCAGGAGUUCCCAGUUCCCAAGAAUGAGCUGGGCCAGCGCUUCCAGGUGCGCUACUUGGGUCGUGUGCCAGUGACCAAGCCAGCUGGCAUGGAUGUGAUUAAUGUGGCAUUGGAGACUGCUCUUAACAGCAAAGACAAGGAUUGGACACCUGUGACUGUGAGCGUGGCGUCCGCUACACUCACUAUUCUGACUUCUGAGACGGAGGAAGUUCUUUCUGAAUGUCGUGUGCGUUUCCUGUCAUUCAUGGGAGUUGGGAAGAAUGUGCACACAUUUGCAUUCAUAAUGGCAGAGGGACCUGGAGACUUCAUAUGUCACAUGUUCUGGUGCGAUCCAAACGCUGCGAGUCUAAGUGAGGCCGUACAGGCCGCCUGUAUGCUGAGGUAUCAGAAGUGUUUGGACGCUCGGCCCCCCAGCGGUGGCAGCUCUUGUCUGCCCGGGCCGCCUGCUGACUCUGUGGCCCGCAGGGUGGGAUCCAGUGUGAAGAAGGGGGUUCAGAGUCUGCUGGGGAGCUUCAAGAGAUCUGGAUCUCAGACACCCUAAAAAGAAAAGCUCCUCCUCUGCUGU